AUAUCGAUGUAUUGUGACAAUUAUAACAACAAGAGAUCUUAAUUGAAUAUCGAUAUUUCCAUAUCGAAUAUCGGCCUUAUGAAAACAACAGUUUUUGGCGGCUUUCGUUUAUUCUUUAGAACCUUACACAUGAAACGUAGCAAACCAAGCAGUGCCGGCGCAGCCAAAAAGAAGCCAAAAAAGGAGGUGAAGGAAAGUAGCAGCAGUGGAGAGGAAACAGUUGCAACAGUGCCCGCGAAAACUUUCACACCGAGCUACAAAAAUGUUGAACAGUUUAUGAGCCACAUUCAAGAUCAACGCCUUGCGUCCGCAUCCAAUGUCCAUGAGUUUGCAUUCAAGAAGAAGCGAGUGCGAGAGGUGAGUGGAGCAAGUGAUGUGAGGGAGGGAUGCAAGGGAGGCGUGGUCUAUUGGAUGUCUCGAGAUGGACGUGUCCAGGACAAUUGGGCUCUGCUAUUUGCCCAGCGUUUGGCACUGAAACUGGAGCUGCCGUUGACAGUGGUGUUCUGUUUGGUGCCCAAAUUCCUGAAUGCCACCUUGAGACACUAUAAAUUUAUGCUGGGUGGACUGCAGGAAGUGGAGCAGGAGUGUCUUAAGCUGAACAUAUCCUUUAAACUGCUGCUGGGUCCGGCUGUAGAGCGUUUGCCGGAGUUUGUGCAGGCCGAGGACAUUGGAGCAGUCGUCUGUGACUUUGCCCCGUUGAGAUUGCCGCGUCAAUGGGUUUCGGAUGUGGCCAAGAAGCUACCUGGUCAUGUGCCCAUUACCCAAGUGGAUGCACACAAUAUUGUGCCACUCUGGGUGACUUCGGAGAAGCAGGAAUACGCUGCACGCACCAUACGCAAUAAGAUCAACUCCAAACUGCAGGAAUUCCUGACUGAGUUUCCCCCAGUGAUCAAGCAUCCGCAUGGCAAAGAGACCCGGCUGCAACCUGUGGAUUGGGAUGCCGCCUAUAAGAUGUUGACCUGCGAUAUGAGCGUGGAUGAGGUGGAUUGGGCCAAGCCGGGUUACACAGCUGCCUGCCGGCAACUCUACGAGUUCUGCACGCGUCGCUUACGUCAUUUUGAUGGAAAGCGUAAUGAUCCGACGGCGAAUGCGUUGUCCGGUCUGUCGCCCUGGCUGCACUUUGGCCAGAUCUCAGCGCAGCGUUGCAUCCUGGAGGUCAAACGCUUUGCCGGCAUGCACAAGGCUUCAGCGGAUGCCUUCUGUGAGGAGACCAUUGUGCGACGCGAGCUGGCCGACAACUUCUGUUACUACAACGAGCACUACGACAGCUUGAAGGGAUUACACGGCUGGGCCUAUCAGACACUGGAUGCCCAUCGCCAGGACAAGCGAAGUCCGUGCUAUACACUCGAAGAAUUGGAACACUCACGCACCUAUGAUGAUCUUUGGAACUCGGCACAACUGCAGCUGGUGAAGGAGGGCAAAAUGCAUGGCUUUCUGCGCAUGUAUUGGGCCAAGAAGAUACUCGAGUGGACAGCAACGCCAGAGCAGGCACUGGAGUACUCCAUACUCCUAAAUGACAAGUACAGCCUGGAUGGCCGUGAUCCCAACGGUUAUGUGGGCUGCAUGUGGUCCAUUGGCGGUGUCCACGAUCAGGGCUGGAAGGAGCGCGCCAUAUUCGGCAAGAUUCGCUACAUGAACUAUCAGGGAUGCAAGCGCAAAUUUGAUGUCAAUGCCUUUGUGAUGCGAUACGGCGGAAAAGUCCACAAAAAGGCAGAUAAUUGAAGCUGUAUUUUUAUUAUAAUUGUUACUCGAAAAGUAAAUUAAGUUUUAUUAAUUUGUUA